AUGGCUACCGCCAGCCCUGCUGAGGCUAAGGGAGGAACCCAAAAGUGGGAGAAGGAGGAGAAGGAGAAGAAGGAAGAGGAGGCUCUUAAGUCUCCCAGGACUUUGCCGUCUCUGGGGAGGAAGGCCCGGGAUGGGGGCCCUGUGGAGGCCAAGCUAGCGCUUCACCCCUUGCAGAACAGGUGGGCUCUGUGGUUCUUCAAGAAUGACCGCAGCCGGGCCUGGCAGGACAACCUGCAUCUGGUCACCAAGGUUGACACCGUGGAGGACUUUUGGGCGAUGUACAGUCACAUCCAGCUGGCUAGUAAGCUGUCUUCCGGCUGUGACUACGCGCUAUUCAAGGAUGGCAUCAAGCCCAUGUGGGAAGACAGCAGGAACAAGUGCGGUGGCCGCUGGCUGGUCAGCCUUGCCAAGCAGCAGCGCCAUAGUGAGCUGGACCGUCUGUGGCUGGAGACACUGCUGUGUCUGAUUGGGGAGAGCUUUGAUGAACACAGCAGGGAGGUGUGUGGGGCUGUCAUCAAUAUCCGCACCAAAGGGGACAAGAUUGCUGUGUGGACCCGGGAGGCGGAGAACCAGGCGGGCGUGCUGCACAUCGGGCAUGUAUACAAAGAGCGCCUGGGCCUCUCCACGAGCACUGUCAUCGGGUACCAGGCCCACGCAGACACGGCCACCAAGAGCAACUCUCUGGCCAAGAACAAGUUUGUGGUGUAA